AUGGGUUCGGUGGUGAAAGCUGAGAUGGCGACAUGCCACAGUUUGAUCGCGAAUACACCCACGAAUUCGACGAGUGAUGGUUGUGGAGUGAGCUUCGACAAAUCGUUGUGCUGGCUACCGGCUCAAGUGGGCGAACAAGUGCAGAGGCUGUGCCCAUUCACUUAUUGUACAGAAAUCCCUGGAUGUGAGGAUGUGUCAAAAACUUUCAUGGUCACUCGAACGUGCACAGAACGAGGCUGGAAUAACUCGGAUUACAAUCAGUGUUUGGCUCUGUUAAGCGAUUAUAAACAAUGUGUGGUCGGCUUUUGUCAUUCAUGUCCCGAUCUUCUUCGUGAUUUGGUGAUCUCCGCCUCAUUGACACUAUCGAUUGUUUCUGUGAUACUCCUUUUGGCGGCAAUCAUUUUAUUCUCGAUUUUUGACUCGAUUCAAUGCAGGAGGUUAUCGAUCCACAAAAAUCUCGCCGUCGCUUUCGUCUUUCGAUUCGCCGUGUUGGCUUUGUGGACAAUCACGCAAACAUCUUUCGUUUUCCAGGAUUGCACUGGUUUUUUACCAAGGCCGAAAAUGCAUUUAGACAUCGCUUGCAAGAUCAUCCUCUGGUUCGUCAUCUACUUCCAAGUGGCUUCGGUGAUGUGGAUGUUGAUAGAGGGCGCCUAUUUGUACAGUCGAUUCACCGUUUAUGCGAUGCGGCACAAUGACGCGCCCUAUUCUGUUUAUAUGCUCUGUGGAUGGGGUGUUCCCGUUGUGGUGGUGAGUGCGUGGACGAUCAUACACAACCACAAAUCGAGCCAAAAUUCGAAUUCCUUUUGCUGGCUACCGUACGCUCAGGGAACUCAUUUAUGGAUAUUGGCUGGCACAAUGGGAUUAGCGCUAAUAUUAAACCUCCUAUUUCUACUCGGCAUCGUCAUCAUCUUGGUGCAGAAGUUGCGAACGGAGAACUCGGCUGAGUCAAAGAAAAUCUGGCGAACGAUCAAAGCCACUCUGCUGCUCGUGCCAUUGCUAGGGAUUUCGAAUAUUCCACUGUUUUACGAACCAGAACAACCAUCAAGUGUCUACAUGCUGGGAUCAGCCAUACUCCAGCACUCGCAGGGAAUUUUCAUCGCCGUUCUCUACUGUUUUCUCAACAGCGAGAUCCAGAAUGCUGUGAAGCGUCAACUCUCGAAAGUGCCGAUCACCGGCUAUUUCAUAAAUCGUCGCCAGCGGUUUGAAACUGAGUUUCCUCACACCCACACUGAGCGAACCUAUGUACCGCCGGAGAACCGAACCUCCAGUAAUCAUCGAUUAGGCGUUCCAAUGGAAGAGCUGAAUGGAACAACAACAACAACAACAACGACGACGACGACGGCGAAAUCGCCGAGUAAAGAAUCGAUGCAAUCAAAUGGGAAUCACCGAUUGGAAACGAUCAAAGAGAGGGACAGUCAAACCUCC